CCUUGCUCGGCAUAGCUUUACUGAGUUAGGAGGUCUUUGCACAAGAGAAAGAUGCAUAAUAGUCAGAGCAACACCCCCCUGUUGGACCUUUCUCCUAAGUCUAUCUUUGGCUUUGAGCCGAUUAGCGGAGCCACACCCGGUGGCCACCAGCUGCGAACACAGAGGUCUUUGCUUGCCGAGCUUCUCCAGGCGUCAACUUUUGAGGACCCCGAAGAUGAUGACGAUGAGGACUGCGGCACCGAGCGCUGUCUCUCAACACCAACUACGCGACCUACUUGCUGCACGUGCAACGUUGGGCAUGGAGUGCCACGCGAGUACCACGCUCGUGGAUGUGCUCUGACCUUUACCGACACAACCACGAUAUCAGAGGGCGACGUUGUCGGACCCCUGACGUCUCCAAUACCUAUUCCCAACAAAACUUACUACAAGAACGCCAAGCAAAUUGAGGAGCGCCAGCGCAUUCAGUACCAGCGGCAAGUGUACCGGAUGCAGCAGGAAGCGCAUGAGCAGGCGCUGGCUGCUUGCCGAGGCUGAAUCUGGCUCUAAAGUAAGCGGGCGUGUGCAUAGCACGAUAGCAUGGUGACAAUUGGUCAUGUGAUGGCUUGAAGCCUCCCAUUGUCGUGAGGAUGUUUUCAUAGUUGCAUUAGACAGGAACUGGGAUCAGGCAACCGGCUGAGGGUCGUUGUCUUGAAAAUGGAGAGCGCGCUCAAAAUGUCUGUUGUAGCGCCGAGCAAGCGCGUGAUGGUAUAACAACGAGCACCAAUGGGCUGAAAACAACUCGGUUUAGGAUAGUAGAACUCAUGUAUCGUGCAUUGGGUAGGUAGUCAUGAUGCGCCAUGCCAGAAUUGCGCGAACGUGGUAAUCGCUGUUGAGACCAUGAGCGCUGCCUUCGGUAAGGCCAACGCACAUGCACUUAAGCGUUCAUUAGCAUUGCGAGGAUUGUGAGAUGAGCGAGCGGGUGAGUGACCAAACCCUUGUCGGAACAUCGCUGCAAGGAUGCGUGACGCCCGCCUUGUCGCGUAUGGGUGCAGUUGUUGCUUGGCGUAGCUGCGUGCCUCGUUGGGUAAAACAAUCGUGGGCUUGAAAGCAGUGGGUAAUCUGAAACUUACUACCUUUGCGCUGCGGAGUGUUUACCAUGGCCUUUCUUCUGCAGUCCGUGUGCCGAGGGCGAUCCUCGGCGCGAAGGACUGAGUGCUGGUGUGUAGUGAGCUAAUUAGCGUCGCGGCCGUGUGUAGCUCGCAUCUUGCUGCCGUUAACGCGGCAUAACUGUUUGUAGCAGCUAGUACGGUAGUAGCAGUGGCUGCUAGAGUGCAGUACGACAGAACUCUGUCUUUUCCUGUGUACUUUUUAAUGGACUUUGCUAUUGACUUUGCUUGUUUAACCCAGAGAUAUGAAUUAAAACUGCUUGGAAUUGUAUGAAUCAGUUGUUUUGGCUGUUGUGUUUAGCCUGGUCCAUGGCCUGGCCUGUGUCUGGAACGACCCCUCAUGUUCAUCACCACUCAUGUUUUCAGCGUUUCUUCAUUCUAUUCCGUUGGUUUGGCUGUUGGGCGCAAAAUAUUUAGAGCAUUCAGAUGCUGUUUGGGGCCUUGGACAUUUCUAUGGCCGGCAUGUAAGACGAGAUGAGGUUGGUUGGGCACGUCUGGUUGU